AUUAGACACAGAGCCCCCUUGGGGUUAAAUGACCAUUCUGUCCUUGGAUCCUUCUUCCUCCAAGAAGCUACUGCUCCUGGUUUGACUCUUUUUUUUUUUUUUUUUUUUUUGGUUUUUUUUUUGUGGAAGGGGCAACUUACAAAGAACAAGCGCUCUUUUCAAUGGAGGUCACCACCCUCGACCAGCCCGACCUCCAAAUCCGGAACUCUGAGGAUGUGGAUCCGGGUCGCUCCGACUUUCUCGACCCGGCCACUGGUAGUGGCGGCGCCAAGUACAAGCUCUAUUCCCCUGCCAAGCUCCCUAUCUCCAGGUCCCCUUGUCUUACUAUUCCUCCUGGUCUCAGUCCCACCUCGUUUCUUGAGUCUCCUGUCCUACUCUCCAAUAUGAAGGCGGAACCUUCGCCAACUACUGGUUCUUUUACUAAGCCUCAAAUGGCACAUGGCUUUCUUGGUUCUACUACAUAUUCAGCAGUUAGUGUUUGCUCUGAUCUCAGUGACUCCAGUAAACGAGAUUCCAGCUGCUUUGAGUUUAGACCCCAUGCUAGAUCAAAUAUGGUUACUACAGAUCCAUAUAACCAGAGAAGUGAGCAGUCUGUACAAGUCCAAGGUCAGUGCCAGUCUCAAUCAUUGGUCUCAUUACCUAUGGUGAAAAGUGAGAUGGCAGUAACCUCAAGUGAGUUGAGUUUAUCAGCUCCAGUUAACAUUGUUGCUUCAGGAGCCAGUGCACCCGCUGAAAGUGACUUGGAUGAAUUAAAUCAAAGGGGGAAUCUCAACUCUGGGGUCCAAACAGCUCAAUUUGAUCAUAAAGGAAAUGGACCUUCACCUGUAACAUCCGAGGAUGGGUAUAACUGGCGAAAAUAUGGACAGAAACAUGUCAAAGGAAGUGAAUUUCCGCGUAGUUAUUACAAAUGUACCCAUCCUAACUGUGAAGUUAAGAAGCUAUUUGAGCGUUCUCAUGAUGGUCAGAUAACAGAGAUCAUCUACAAGGGCACACAUGACCAUCCUAAACCUCAACCUAGUCGACGAUAUAAUACUGGUACUAUUAUGUCCUCCCAGGAAGAACGAUCUGACAAGUUUUCAUCUCUAACUGGUCGUGAUGACAAGUCAUCAAGCCUAUAUGGACAGAUGACUAAUACCAAUGAGCCAAAUGGUACUCCAGAUGUUUCUCCAAUCGCAGCAAUUGAUGAUGUUGUAGAAGGUACUGGCUUGCUCUCAAAUAGGAUAAAUGAUGAGGGUGAUGAUGAUGAUCCAUUCUCAAAAAGGAGGAAGAUGGAUAUUGGAGGGAUUGAUGUCACCCCUGUGGUUAAGCCCAUACGCGAACCACGUGUUGUUGUUCAAACACUGAGUGAGGUUGAUAUAUUGGAUGAUGGAUAUCGCUGGCGUAAAUAUGGCCAGAAAGUGGUGAGAGGAAACCCUAAUCCUAGGAGUUAUUACAAGUGCACAAAUGCUGGAUGCCCUGUUAGAAAGCAUGUGGAGAGGGCAUCCCAUGAUCCAAAAGCAGUAAUAACAACAUACGAGGGGAAACAUAAUCAUGACGUCCCUACUGCGAGGACUAGCAGUCAUGAUACAGCAGGACCAAUGACUGUUAGUGUCCCAACAAGAAUUAGAUCAGAAGAAACCGACAACAUUAGCCUUGAUCUUGGAGUGGGAAUAACUUGUGCCGCUGAAAAUAGACCCACUGAUCACCUACAAACAGUGCACUCUGAACUAGUGGAAAGCCAAAGUCAAAAUUCCAAUUUAAAGCUUGUCCAAGCAAACCCUGUCUCAACAUACUAUGGUGUCCUAAACAGUGGAUUGAAUCAAUAUGGAUCCAGAGAAAAUAUGAGUGAAGGGCAUAGCAUUGAAAUUCCCGCUUUGAACAGGUCUUCUUACCCAUAUCCUCAGAACAUGGGCAGAGUACUAACAGGUCCAUAAAAAUUGCUUACUGUUAAAGCAAGCAAAAAUAAAAUGCUUUUCCUUUAUUUUAUUAUUAUUUUUUUCUUGUUCUUGGGUUCCCCAUCUUUUUGGUGGAUGGUAAAAGGUAAAGUUCUUGAUUUCUAAAGGAAUUUUUGCUUUCUUCUCUAGUUGUCCAUCCCAAAGCUGUUUUGUUUUAGGUGCCACCUUGCGAAAUUGGCUUCACGAGUUAAAACUGCUGUUUGAUGUAACAUUAGCUUCGCUGGGGGAUACGCUGUACAAAUGUGAAUUAAAAUACUGAUAUUAUAUUCUGACAGGACAUGUAACUUGGGUGCAUGAAAUAUGUAAUUUAUUCUGUAAGGAUUAAGGAACACAUUGUUUGUUUAGCUUUAAUGGACUCUUACAAGUGAAGUAAAACAUACUAUAUUUUGUCA